CACGCGAUGGUUUUCCCGCCAGAAUGAGCAACAUGAAUGUGCCACGAAGAGUUGGCUAUUUCGAAUUUCUGAUGCUUUCUGAUAUUUUCGUUGGUAGCUUAGUCAUACAAGUGUAAAAUAUUGUUAGCCAGUCAAGCCAGAUAGUGUUCUUGCUUAUAGACUUGUGUAGCCUACCCAGUUCAGUUAUUUAGCUAGCUAGUCAAAGAAGAGGACAAGGUUACUAAAUAAAGGUGGCUAGCUAACGGCAGCUAGCUAGGUACAGAAUCCAGUUCCAUCCAAUAACGUAUCUGUGACACAACUGUUCUGCAGCAGGAUGAGUGGAACUGAAGGUGGAGAGCAGUCCCUGUUCUUUCUAAUUCUCCCUGACCUGAGGAAGCUGUGCUGUGUCACCCUGUCCUUGCAGUCUGAUGAUGGAGAAGUGAGAAACAAGCAGGUGAAAACAUGCAGGGAGCUGUUGUUAUUGUAUGCAGACAUCAUUGCCUCUCCGGUUUUGGGGUGCUUCUCGGAGAUCACAAUGGUGAUGGCGAUUCCCUUUUUUAAAAGAGGAAUAGUACAAGCUUAUGUACAACGACACAGUCUGCAGAUGGGCUCUCCUCAGAGGGUUCUCCCUGGUAUUCUGCAGACCUGUCUGUCCUACUCCUUGACCAGCAGGCUGGCUCCAAACUGGAACAAAGUCGGACAGUUCCUUAUUGCUGGGAGGGAUUUUCUGGCUGAUUCGGGGAAGCUCAACGCCAUUGUGAUCGAGCUGAGUGCCAAUGAAAGCCAGCUGUGUGUCAGUGUGGAGGCCAACACUGUCCGACUCCCUCCAAUCAGGUUGGCAGACUUUGACAUCCCUCCCAUGGUCCUGAGGAACUUCCAUAGCCAGCCAGAUGCUGUUAUCCAGACCUCCAUGUCCAGCAACUGGUGUUACAUUCUGCCAAGCAUGAAAAGGGGUCAGAUCGUCAGCAUCAGUCACCGGAUGCCCACCGAGAGCCCCUUCCAGUGCUACGCUGACAUCCAGAAUCACUGGAGCAGUUUGUAUGGCUACCAACUCCCCCAAAUUGAUGAGGAAGAAGUGAUUUAUUGCAAUGUAUACUUCAAACUGGUUGGAGAAAGGCUGUUCACAUACCCUCUGAGCUGUAUCCGGACUGACCCGGUGCAGCGCUGUCCCAGGGUGAACCUCCAGGGGGCGCUCAGCUCCUUCCUAUCCCACCUGAGGGAGAGCCUGCAGACUGUCUGUGGCUUCCCAGCCCGCAUGACCAGCAAGCCCUGCUACCACACCACCAGCCUGCUCAGCAUUGCCUCAGCACAGGUGGCUAGUGGCAAACCGGUGAACUUGACGACCAAGUCAGCUAGCAGGCCCGUGCUGAGUCAACUCCAUGCCUCAUGCCCCCUCAAGCCCUCAUUUGGGGGGGCACCAGGUGCCCAGACUUUCAGCCAGCCAGUGGGACAGAGUGGCAGCAGCAGCUAUCUCAGCACUGGGAGAACCCAGGGGGUCCAUCCCACUCCCACUCAGAGUUAUACCCCAGGGAGAGGCUUGCCCUCCUCCUCUCUCUAUCGCAGUGCUGCCCCUCCCCAACCCACCACACACCCCAAACACAGCCAGGCCCCACCGACUGGACCCAAGAUGGUACCCAUCUUCAAGAACAAGGCCCUCCCGCGCCAUGUCAAUGUCACCCAGCUUCUGGCUGAGAAGCAGCAGAAGAGAGCCGAGGAGCAACAGCAGACACCUGUGUCGGGACAGAAGAGGGCCUGCCCAGCCUUCUUCUCCUCUUCCUUUUCCUCCUCGUGUUCCCCUCUUUUGCAUUCCUCGUCUACCUCUUCCAAGUGCACAGAGGAAGCCCGCCGGCCCACUCCAGCGUCCAUGCCUCACUUGACCCCCUUUCCGCGGCCUGAAGGGGUUUCCCCACAUUCCUCCCAGGUGCACGUCAGUGAGAGAGCUUUCAGAGUGAGGGACGAGAUCGCCUCAGGUCCCCCUCAUCUUCUUCCAUCUGGUCUGCUAGGCAACAGAGGGGGGGACUGGUUUGAGUCAAAACCAAAGAAGCCAAAGUCUGCAGUGCAGGAUGUGGACGUGGAGAAACACGCGAGAAGUAACCAGCUGUCGAAGAUCAAUGUGACGACCCUGCAGGCCUGGCUGAAGAGCCGAGGAGUGGUGGUACGGUCCAAGGAAAGGAAAGAGGAGCUGGUGUCAAAGGUCAUGCGUUGCCUGAGUGAAUCUUGAGUAGUGAGGGUCACCUUCCAGACAGGCACAGAGAGGGUCAUUUUACACUAUUCAACAUCACAGAGAACGAGCUGGUUUUAAGGGUCAUUGAUAGUGAGCUUUGUAUUGCUAUCAGGUCUCUGUGUUAUCAUUCUUGAAUGAUAUGUACUGUACCUGUAUGGUGUUCUUGUUAUGAAGUUAAUACCCACUGGGCACAGAAGUCAAUUCAACUGAGGUAGUAAGAUGUUUCUGGCCUUGAGUUUGAGGAAAGAACAGAUCAUUUUAUGUAAUAUAUUUAUUGAAUGUAUUUGUUUAACAUAAAAAGAGUAAUAUAUCUCCUAUUUAUAUAGUUUUGUUUUAUAUAUUAGUAAUUUUUAUUAAUCCCCAUUUCUUGCUUUUCUUGUUCAAGAUGUAAUUUUCUGUAGUAUGUCUGAGCUUUAUUUCAGAAAAGAUCAAAGCAAAUGUCUGUUAGUACUUAUUCAAUAUUCAGAUCCUUUGAAAUUGUGCAUACACAUUGAUUGCCAUAAUAAAACAAAGAUAUUUUUAAUAUUAAAUAGAAAAGAUUCCCCAUGUAAAAUUAAUAUGGCCCCCUUACACUUUUUGCUCUCAGCAGAGUGAAUGUUCUGUGACCAGACCUGGAUUCCAAUACUAUUCGAAAAUCUUCAAAUCUUUUUUUUUUUCUUUUUUUGUGGGAGCGUUUGCUUCAACCUACAGGAGUGCCAGGUGGCCGGCGUUUGCACUUUGGGGACUUUUCUAUUAGCUCCACUGCAAAAGUCAAACAGAUAAAGUAUUUGAAAUGAUUUCAAAUCGAAUUUGAACCCAGGUCUACCUCUGACCUUAUUGAUUGAAGUGUGCUAUGUUUACUGAGCCAGCCAGUCAACUCACAAAUUCUCUUCAAUGCCUCUCUCUAGCCAGGUUUCCAUCCAACCUUUAAAUGCAAGUAAAGUACAUGUCAGAUAAAAACAUGUAAUGACAAGCCUGAUGAAAACAGCUAAUUUGUCGCUAAACUUUCCAAAUGUCGACAAACCAAAAUACGCUAGACAAGGUGGGAUAUUUAAAUUGUGUGAGAAAUGGUGGUGGAAGCGCCUUUAUGCACAAAUAUUGAUAUAAUAAUUAUAUCAAAGUAAACUUGGAGUCACGCAAUGAUAUGUUUUGUGGUCCUCCAACUAUGACUCUGGAAAGCAUGCAGUUUAUUAGGCUACAGAUGAAAUAAGUUAUGAUGAACUUCACAGGGUGGUGAAAGUGCAAGGUAAUGAGCUUGAUACUCCUUUUCAAUAAAUAUUGAGGGUUUUAUUCUGGUGACUGAUGCUUGGCUGCCAUUUGACAAAUAAAAAUAAUCUUGCUCUUUCGUCCAUAAUCAUUUCAUCAUGUAGGCUAUACCUGCACUGUAUCUGCGAGCUGUUGUCUAGAGCGCAUGUGCCAAGACCAGAGUGGGCACAUUAGCUAUAUAAUU